AUGAAGCUCUCCAACACCCUCGCCGUGCUGAGCCUCCUCACAGGCGGCUCAGCCGCCGCCUCCCUCUACGACACCAUCGUCGCCGCCAUCCAGCAGUCGGACAAGGACACCGUCGCCCUCAACGCCGCCUUCGUCGCCUUCACCGGCGACAUCCAGCCUGUAGUCGCUGCUGCCAACACCCUCGUGGCCAACGUCGUCAAGAGCCAGCAGCAGAUCAACGCCACGCCCGGCGCUGACCUGGUCACCGACGACGUCCUCAACCUGAGCACCUUUGUGAGCGCCCUCUACACCGACUCGAAGACGCUGGUGGCCACCCUGACGGCGAUGAAGCCGACGGUGGAGGAGGGCAAUUUGUGUGCCACGGUCCAGAAGCAGACGGCGGACAUUGCGAGCGCGUCCAACGGGCUGAUUGACGACAUCACGAAGCGCGUGAACCCGGCGGACAGGCCGGCGGCGGGCGCGGUGAGCGGUCUGAUCACGGAGCAGCUGGCGAAGGCGGUGGCGCUCUUCAAGGACUGCAAGGAUAAGAAUCCUCCGACGUCUACUUCCACGGCGACGUCCAGUACUUCAUCAACCAGUACGACUUCGUCUGGUGGCGUCACCUCCUCAACCGGAACUACUUCCUCUACUGGGACUGGAACCACGACUGGUACCACAUCAACCGGCACAACAUCGACUGGAACUUCUUCAACUGGUACCUCUUCGACUGGAACUUCUUCAACUGGUACUUCCUCCACUGGUACCACGUCUUCAGGAACUACCGUCACCACUAGCACCGGCACCGGCAUCACCACCCCUUGCACUUCCACCACGAGCAUCAUUACCAGCUCUCGCUGGAACAACAGCACCACCACGAGUGCUCCCGGCGGCGGUGUCACCGUCACGACCAUCUGCACGACUCCCACUCCCACUCCGACCGGUGGCAGUGGCUGCAAGACUUGCCCCGGCGGCGGCAACGGCAACGGAGGUGGCAAUGGAAAUGGCAACGGAGGAAACGGCAAUGGCAACGGUAAUGGAGGAAACGGAAACGGUAAUGGAGGCAAUGGAAAUGGUAACGGAGGCAAUGGAAAUGGAAACGGAGGAAAUGGCAAUGGCGGCUCGGGUUCGGGCGGCAACGGCAACGCGCCUCCGACCACCAACAACGGAAACCUCAUGGCUCCCGUUGGUGCCCUCGCCCUCGCCAUUGCCGCUCUCGUCAUCUAA